CAGUCGAAUCGCGGUAGAUCGCAGGACCAAACUCGAACCUGAUUUAUUAGCUCGCAUAUGCUCAUACACUCAUCUCGAACACUUUAACCCCUCUCCACCUCGUCCUCUCUCUUUGUCUCUCUCUCUCUCUCUGAAGUUUUAGGGUUAGGGUUAGGGUUAGGGAUUCGCAUAUUGAUCUCCGUCGCCAUGGAGGAUCACCACAAGCGGAAGCGCGAUGGGUCGCCGGCGGAGAACGGCGGGGGGGCCGUGGACCUGUCGCUGCUGGAGGCGGUGGAGCGGUCCCAGAACGGCGGCGCGGAGGCGCUGGACGCGCGCGCGGUGAAGAAGCUGGUGCUGUCGUUCGAGCGGCGGCUGCGCGACAACCUGGAGGCGCGGAUGAAGCACCCGGAGGAGCCGGAGCGCUUCGCCGACUCGGAGGUGGAGCUCCACGGCGAGAUCGAGCGGCUCCGCGUGCUCGCCGGGGCGCCGGAGCUCUACCCGGAGCUCGUCGCCCUCAACGCCGUCCCCUCCCUCGUCGGCCUCCUCGGCCACGACAACGCCGACAUCGCCGUCGACGUCGUCUCCCUCCUCACCGACCUCACCGACGCCGACGUCCUCGGCGACCACGACGACCCCGCGCGCGCCCUCGUCGCCGCGCUCGUCGACAACAACGCCCUCGAGCUCCUCGUCCAGAACCUCGCCCGCCUCUCCGAGGCCGACCCCGACGAGGCCGCCGCCAUCUACAACACCCUCGCCAAUGUCGAGAACAUGAUCGAGGUCAACCCCGCCGUCGCCGACCUCGUCUGCGAGCGCACCAAGCUCCUGCGCUGGCUCCUCGGCCGGAUCAAGGUCCGCGAAUUCGACGCCAACAAGCAGUACGCAUCCGAGAUCCUCGCCAUCCUGCUGCAGAACAGCGCCGCCAACCAGAAGAGGCUAGGCCAGAUGAACGGCGUCGACGGCAUCCUGCAGGCCGUCGCCAUGUACAAGUCCAGGGAUCCGAAGAGCUCCGACGAGGAGGAGAUGCUGGAGAACCUGUUCGAUUGCUUGUGCUGCCUCCUCAUGCCCGCGGAGAACAAGGAGAGGUUCUUGAAGUCGGAGGGCGUCGAGCUCAUGAUUAUCAUCAUGAAGCAGAAGAAAUCAGCGUACGGGUCGGCCAUCAGGGCGCUCGAUUUUGCGAUGACCAAGUAUCCCCCGGCGUGCGAGCGGUUCGUCGACGUGCUGGGGCUGAAGACCGCGUUCGCCGCAUUCAUGGGUAAGAUUCCAGUUAGCAAAAAGAAUAAGAAAGAGAGUUACCAGGAAGAGCUAGAAGAGCGUAUUAUCUCACUUAUUGCAUCAUUAUUUGGUGGCAUUGUAAGAGGUUCAAGAAGGGAUAGAUUGUUGAGCAAAUUUGUGGAAAACGAAUGUGAAAAAAUAGAUCGUCUGAUGGAACUUUACAUGAGGUAUUCAGACAGAGUAAAAGCUGAGACUGAAAGGCUUGAUCAGCUCGAGCUUGACGAUUUAGAGAUGGAUGAUGAUGAGCGUUAUAACCGAAAACUCGAAGCUGGGCUCUAUACUCUCCAAUUAAUUGCUGUUAUUUUGGGCCACCUCUGGUCUUCUGAGCACCCGCGGAUGAGAGCAAGAAUAGAAUUACUUCUUAAACAGCAUAAAUUGACAAAGGAGGAUGUAAAAGAUAUACUUCAGGAGUAUCAUGACAACAUUGGGGAUUUGGAUGGUCCAGAAGAGAAGGAGCGAGCACAAGCGCGGAUCCAAAAAUUCAUAGCCGCAUUUUGAUAUCUCUGUAACAACUGUAUGACACCCUUUGAGCGGGCGAGCUUCGCUACGGAGAAAAUGAUCUCCGUUGUGUUUAUAUAUGCAUAUAAACGUUGGUGAGGAAGACAAUAUCAGAUGUGAAGCUAGAAAAGUUGCAAUCUGCAGAUAAAGUUUGCUGCACCGUGCAAAUAAUAAUAGCAACGUCUUAUGCGUCGCCUUUUUGUGAAAUUAGAGGUGCAAAGGUAUGUUUUUCUCAAUAGAAACUAACCUCUGCUGGGUAUAUCAUUUUUUUUUUCCAGUUUUUGCUACAGUUGAAAGCUGUUCUAGAAAUUAAUGCAAAAAUAUGUUAGUGCUGUGCUGCUGUGCUGUACUCACCGUCAGGACACGGUACAAAUUUUAUUUAUGUUUCAAUGCUGGAUGACACUUUUGGUUCUCAAGCUAUAGGGCCUGUGAUAUUUCAAGUACUUAAAUUUUAACUCGUUGUACUUCUAUACUCAAAUUUUGUAAAUUAUUGCAAUUUAAGUCCUACCGUGGUAAUUUAGCGGACUA